AUGAUCAAUGAUGAAGAAUCUGACGAAAAUAGCUCGAAUGAUUCAACAGCUAAGUCAAAUCAUAAAUAUGAUAAUGAAAUGAUUGAUGAUGAAGAGUCUAAUGGAAGUAACCCAAAUGAUUCAGAGAUGGAUUGUAAUGACGUAUAUGAUAAUGCAUCGGUUACUGAUAAAGCAAGUUUUACUUCGAAAGAUGGUUUGAAAUUACCUAAUGGUAUAAGCAUUUCGUCAAAAAGCCAAUGUUGUGUGUCUAGAAUUAAAUUGGUUCCACCAACAGUCACUAUUAAAAAGGAAGAUCGAAGCAAUAUCUUUAUUCGUCGAAAUAUGUUUUUCCCGAAAGGGUCACGCUGCUGUAAAAUUCAUACUUCAAAUGGAUAUUUAUUACUUGAAGACUUCUUCAAAUUGACUGCUUACAAAGAUGAUUAUAGAAUAUUCAAUCUUAAUUAA